UGGAAUUGGAUGGAAAAAUAAGUCCAUAGUGUCAGAAAAUCAUUGCCCCGAUUGUUGUAUUUUAAAACUGUUAAUGUAUGCAUUUUAACGAUAACACUAAUAUAAUGAUUGUCCGUAAGGUUUAAAAUUGACCAAAAUCGGCCUUCUUAUGACCAGACAGUUCCGUUACGAAAAGUAACGAAGAUUUGUUUUUAUUUUACAUCGAUAAGUAACGAAACGACAAAUAUUAUCAUGAAUAUUACUUAAAGACGGAAGUUAUACUGAUUUUAAAGUGCAAUAUUUUUGGGAUGUUUGGUUUUGUUUAUUGUUUUGUUAAGCGGAUGUGAAGUGAUUGUGUAUGAGCUAAUAGCGCCUGAAUGGUUGACGAUUGGGUCAUAAAAACUAUGUAUGCAACAAAGCGUCGGAGGAGAACUGUAAAAAGUGUAAAAGCACCAUCAAAGGACCCUCCUAAAAGUAACCCAAGUAAACGGCAUAGAGAGAGACUUAACUCUGAACUUGAUCAUCUAGCUAGCUUGUUACCAUUUGAACAAAGUGUCAUAUCAAAAUUAGAUAAACUGUCUAUUCUAAGACUUGCUGUCAGCUUUCUCAGGACUAAAGCUUAUUUUCAAGCUGUUUUACCAGACAGAUACAACUUAGAAUCACAUCACCAUAUCAUUAGUCGAUCUCAUUUCUUUCCUCAUAAUGGCUUCUCAGAAGGAGAAAGUAUUUUACAAGCUUUGUAUGGUUUCCUGUUUGUUGUGACCUGUGAUGGUGAAGUGUUCUUUGCUGCCAGAACAGUGGAACAAUAUCUGGGUUUUCAUCAGUCAGACAUUAUACACCAGAGUGUGAUGGAGUUGAUUCACUCAGAAGACAGAGAAGAAUUUAAAAAGCAACUGACUUGGAAUUCUACACUUCCUCAGGAAAAAUCAUCUAUGACCUUACAUGAAAUAAUGAUGCCAGAAAACUACCACUACCUACAUAGAUCUUUCACAGUGAGAUUUAGAUGUUUGUUAGACAAUACAUCAGGAUUUAUUACCUUAGAAAUAAAUGGUUGGAUCCGAUUGUUGCAUAAUAAUAUUGCUCCACGAUCGACAGAUGAGCCACAGAUGGGACUGUUUGCCACAUGUUGUCCUUUUGGGCCACUCUCACUGCUAGACUUGCCGUCCAGAGAAUUAACAUUUAAAUCUAAACAUAAAAUGGACUUCUCUCCAAUGUCAAUGGAUAAUCGGGGUAAAAUGAUGUUUGGAUUUUCUGACCGAGAGUUAGCUACAAAGUCUGGCUAUGACCUGGUACACCCUGAUGAUCUCAACUAUUUCUCAGCUGCUCAUCAAGAAUUAAUAAAGACAGGAAGUUCUGGACUGAUAGCCUAUCGAUGGUUAACUAAAGAGUUCCGCUGGAUAUGGUUACAGUCUAGUUGUAAAGUUAUCUAUAAAAACAGUAAACCAGAUUUUGUUAUCUGUACACACAGACAACUCACUGAUGAUGAAGGUCAGGAUUUGUUCCACAAGAGAGGAAAUGAAUUCAAAUUGCCCUAUCCAUUAUUAGAUUUAGAUAUUUGUUCAGGUUUUGACUUUCCUAAUGAUGAAAUGAUGUCAAAAAUGAAAAAUGGAAAGCAAAAGAAACAGAAGAAUCAGGGGGGUAGAGAAUAUUUACAGUCACCAGGGAGAAAAAGAAAAACUGGAUGUAGAGAUAUUAUCAAUGGAAUCAAUGGUUUCAGUGGUAACUAUCCACAAUACGGGAACUUUGAAGGUAGUGACUUUAAACCGGAAAUUCUGUAUCCAUAUCCGCCCAAUAAUUUUGGGAUAGAACCUGAAGUUUACCGUCCACAUGGGUAUACUGGUUUUCCCGGGACAGUUUAUCCAUCCGCGGAUACUUAUGGUUUCACUGAAGCUGAGAAGCAUAGUUAUGCUAAUGGUUAUUAUCUGGACUCGCAUCGGAGACAGUAUCAACAUACGUUAGGUUACCAUGGAAAUGGAUAUCCUGAUAUAAUGACACCUGCUGGAAAAUAUGGGUAUGGGUUUGGGUGUGACAGUUAUGGACUUGAACUUGCCAAAAAGGUACAUUACGGUGAGGAUUUAUCAAGACUUGACAACGAUUUUAGAAAAUAUGCAUAUGAAUACGGUAGUGACCGACUUCAGCCUCGGCUGAAUGGAAGUUUAGAACCGGUUGACUUAAGGUCGUCAUCAAUGUACGGUAGUGCUGGUUACGUGAAUGGUGUUGACUCAAUGGUCAGUCAUGGGACAGGGUACUCCUCAUCGUCGUUGAUCAAACCUGAAAUUAUUCACGGACAAAGUUUGACUUCAAAAGAGACAAAAGUUAUUUGCUCUACAAAUGACCUUGGACAAAAUGGUCAAGGUCUGACUAUUCCUUUACAACAUAAUUCAGUGAUAAAAAAUAAUACUAGUCCGAGAUCGAUUCAAAACUCUAGAAAUUCUGAUCAUGUGAAUGGACACUUAUCAAACAGUUACAAUAACUCUGGACGUGGGAAUGUGAUAAGUAGUCCGGGCUCUUCAUGGAAUCCUUGUCUGAAAAAUUCCAGUCCUAAUUCUACACCUCGGUCAGAUCAUAGCUGUAGUCCCAAGCAGAACCAUGGUAAACCUGAUGGAGGAAUGUUGUCUACCAGUAGUCCUGUAACAGGGGCUACCCCAGCAUCAGUGAUACACACACCCAUACAUUUAAUGGACAGGUCACCACCUAAUAGGUCCUGUGAGAAGCAGCCAUUAGUUGGAGGCGGCAUACCUGUUCCCGUUGUAAAAACAUCUCCAUGGGUACAAUACCACACACCACACUCCUCCUACGGUGAUCCUAAAGAUUGGACAGUUCACAAUGACCUCUAUUCUUGUCAUCAAAAGUCAAGGGGAAUAAUAGCAGACACCAUGGCACAUAUCUCAAAAGUGACUAUUCAGUGAAUAGAAAACACUUGUUAUAUUUUGUGAUAUUGUGAUGUGUUUUAAUACUCAGAGAGAAUGACUUUGCCAAACAUGAAAAGUCCCAAACAUAGAAAAGUGCUGUUAUAUGUGGUACAUGUAAUAUUCACUAUACAUAAAUUACUGCACUGUAUGUGUAGUGUGUUACUGUUACACAUAAUUAUGGAUAGUGGUUUAUAUAUUGAUAUAAUAUGUAGUGGUCACUCAUACAUAUUGCUGAUUUAUUUUGCCAUUAAUCAAAUAGCCAGGCUAUAUUUUUGUUGUCAAAAAAAUUAAAUAUUACACAAGCUACUCAAAUUUAUUCAUUUGUAAAGAUAACAUUCUUCACAUUACAAACUAAACAAGCAAUUCAAUUAUCAGACCUUGGAGAUUAUUAUUACAGAAUUUCUAAAAGUAGGGGAAAGUCUUUUCUCUGUGAUCUAAGAGAAAAAUAUGAUUCUUUUUUAUAAAUUGAAUCAUAUAGCUUUUUUUGAAGAAAAUAGUUGUAAAAGCUGCAUUUAUUUUGAACAUAUUGGUGCAUAAAGAUAUUACAUUUAGAUGAUAUAUGAAUGUAAAUAAUUUUGUCAUUUUGUAAAUAAUAAUCAUUUAUAGAGCAAACAGGGUGUUAAAAACGCACACUUUGUUUUUAAAAAAAAUGUUUUGUUGUUAAUUGUUGUAUGUUUCCUUGUUUAAGUUAAAGAAACACUUGACAGUUCAGCAGCUUUGAAUACUCAGAUACUUUUUUUUUACAUGUAAGGGCCUCCGUGGCUUAGUGAUCUAAGUUGUCGAAUUACUGUAACACUAGGCUGUCAACACUGAGGUUGUGAGUUGGAAAAGGCACAUGGCAGGUGCAUUCAACUCCAGUCUUAAUUGACUAGGAUUGUCAAUUUUCCUAUCGAAGGUCUGGGCACUCUUUUGGCACUCCGGCUUCCUCCGCCAUGAAAUAGCUCAAUCCUGCUGAAAGUGAUGUUAAACCCCAAUUAAUCAAUCAAUUGUACACCUACAGUUAAAAUGUAGCAAGUGAACAAAGAUGUGGUAUGACUCCUAAUGAGACAACUUUCUAUCAUAUACCAAUGGACAAGGAUGUAAAUAAUUACAUGUCACCAUGUAGUUUUCAGAAAUGAGCAAAAGUCAUAUUCUGUGCAUGAAUUCAUAUGUUUUUAAAGGUAUUGUUCAUAUGAUUGUGUUUAACUCCUUUUUCUACACUGUCAUAUUAUUUGACUUCUAUGUAUUAAGAAACCUUUAACAUAUUGCACAAAUCUAGUAUGCUUUCUCCAUUUUCCAAUGGAUAGCUAUUGUGUUGAACAUUGAAUGACCUUGACCAAUUAGAAUCCUUAAAUGAUACACUGAUAGAUAAAAUAUCUAAAAUGUUUCCUUUUGAUUGCUAGGAGCUAUUAAUGAAAUAUGCAGCUCUACUGGUUCAUUUAUUGUUUUGGUGAUAAGAUAUACCAAUCUUUUAAAACUAUACUAAGAACAAAAGCAUUUGAAGGAAUUGAGAAGAUGUAUUGGAGAAAACCUUGAAAUGAACUACUAGAAGUACAUGUAUAUGUCAUAUAGCUGUUUUUCAUCAUUACAUUCACUAGAAAUAUUUUGAUAAUGUUUCAUAGAAUCCAAUUAACAUUGCAGAGUUCUCAAAAUCUCUUUUUCCUGGUUGUCCAUGAAAAAAAAUUGCUGGUCUUCACUAUUAUUUCUAUUGCAAAAAACCAAAAUUUUGUUGGUUCUUGCAAAAUUUGGUGUCAAAACCUUCGGACCACCACGUUUUGAGAACUCUGCAUAGUUAGGCAAAAGAUAAGGAUGUGUUUUACAUCUAGUGAAUCUCAUUUUACUCCUAUGUUACAGGGUGUCAUUAUUAUGCUCUUUUUAUUUAUUGGUGCUUCAUCAUGUUAAAAUCUAUCAUUUAUUACAUAAAAUAAACAAUUUAUUAACAAA